AUGUGGUCAAAAGAUCACAUGGACUGGCUUCCAGGACUUGGAAGCCCAUCUCACAGUGGUUCCAACGCGGUUUCCACUCCUCGCGCAGCGCUUGAGACCAGCCUCAACACACAAACAGCGGAUUCAAAAGUCGAUGAAGUGCAAUACUCCAUCGUCUGCGACGACUGUGGUAAACAUUUCUGGAGUCGUUCCAAAGCAAACUCUCAUGCCGCGCUGACAGCACACGUCCUUCACGAGGAGAUUGAAUCGCCCACCGUUUCAAAUUCUCCUGCUGCCACUCCGGCGUCUGCUCCAGAAACGACCACGCCUUUUACUCCUGCUAUAAAAGUGGAGGCCAGCCCAAACACAGACACUCCCGGCCAAGAAGAACGCGAAGGCAGCGGAGACGGUAAAUAUUCCGUGUGCUUUGGCUGUGGCAGACACUUCGGGAGCCAUGAGGCAGCCUAUAAUCACGCCAAAGCAGAACACAUGCAGGACACAGAAUUGGUGCCUUCGAGCGCUCCUGAUGGGUCUCCUACCUUUGCUGCUGUCGGUCCUGCGGUACCUCCUACAUCCCCUGCUGCCAAUCCUAGCAUACAUCCAAGCUCCCUUUACCAAAUAACUGGUCCCGACACCACUUCUCUUGCUGCCAAUGGAGGCAUAAUCCCGACAUCGCUGUACUGGGCUACCGAACAAACGCCCGAUUAUGCAAUUUCUCCUACUUCUCCUGUUUACAACCGAGGCGUAAGUCCAACUCUCAUGUACAGGAUCGCGGGUCCAACUAGCGACCAUGCAAUGGCCCUACUGCGGAAAGAGAUUGCUCGUCCUCCGGUGCCAAAUCCUGAGUCUCGGGCUUCUCAUUCUGAGGAUGACGAUAGUCUUCGCCGCUCUUCGGGACUCUCUCCGAGCCCAACCGCAUCCGAUUCGCCUUCAACACAAGAUCUUCCACGCUCCGUGAACACAGGCACUCAGACGUUUUUUACUCCUACCACAACCAUUCCACCAUCUCCGAGCUCCAGCUGCGCAACACUAGAACACCCGCAGGUGAUCUUCCCUCCCGAGCUUUCCGAUCGCAUCUUCUUCAUAGUAACCCCCUCUGGCAAUCGCAAAGGUCCCAGCUUCAUCAUGGGCCUGGCUGAAGCACAAAUUGCCGUGACAUUCCGCACUGGCGUACGUGGUCGACUGGGGUUUCAGGGCGAGCAGGUCGGCUUACGGGAAAUCGUUGCCCGUGUUCCAUGGCUUCCUGUACCUGUAUAUGCGGACACUAAUGAGGACCACUAUCACCUGCUCAUGGUAGUCAAAUUCUGGCCAGAAUGGCAAAAGACAAAUGGGAAUACGUCUUGCCACAUACUUGUCACUCUUGAGGACGAGAAAGAGGACAAAGAAGAAGGCGAGCAAUAG